AUGAAAACGAUGGACCAUUUUGAGAUUCUAAAGAAUAAACUAGUCGAGAACUACUUACUCAAGCUCAAGAACAACAAAAAGACGGUCUAUUCUAUCAGCACGGCUGUCACAUUAGCCUUAUUGGUUCGUCUUUUAUAUAAGAAAUUGAAUCUUCCUCCAAAACAUCUUGAGGGAAUACCAUGCAUUACUUAUCUUGAUGUAAUUAAAUCACUCAUAAGAGGUGACACUGUGUAUGAAAGAAGGAAAAGACUUGUUCUCCCGCUUUUAGGAAAAGCCAAAGGCGUCUAUACAGAACCUACUCCUAUCGGAUGGCAAAUUCGCUCCACGAAUCCCUCGAUCAGCAAAAUGAUUUUAUCUGAUAUUGAAUUGUUUCCUAAAGUGGUACAUCUGUUUGGUAAAGGAAAUGGAUUGACGACUCGAUUUAUUGGCGGUAAACAUCUUGCUUCUCUUGAAGGAGACGAAUGGAAACGUCACAGAAGAAUUGUUAAUCCUGCUUUUCAUCGAGGCAUUCCCAUCCAUAUCUAUGGCCAAUUAAGUCAAAGAGUCUUUGACAUGAUUAAAAAACUCGGUUAUAAUCAUAUUCAUGCUACCUCUCUUUGUGAAAGAAUGACAAUGGAUACAAUCGGUCUUGUUGGUUUUGGCUAUGAUUUCCAUUGCACCACUCAAGUUAAUAGUGAAUGGCUUGAGACGUACGAUAUUAUUCGAUACAGUAUGACUCGACUAUUCUUUGUACUUUUCCAGAUAUUUGAUGAUCAGCUCAAAUGGCUCUUUCCUUCUCGAGUAGAAGCUCAUCAACGCCUGGAUCACCUUUUAAAAAGAAUUAAUGAGAUGAUUGCUUUAAAGCGUGUCACCGUGACUGAAAAGAUAGGCUCGCUUGACUACUAUUCAACAACAUCAGACGCAGAAAAGGAUUUGUUGACACUCAUGAUGGAGGCCGAGAUUGCAGGAGAAGGCAAGCUUUCAGAUGAAGAAUUAAGAAGAAACAUGGUCAUGUUCUUUUUCGCUGGCCAUGAUACAACGGCUGCAGCUAGACAUCAGGAGAUUCAAAAGAAAGCAAGAGAGGAAGUCGUGAGUAUUCUAGGUGAUCAUGUUGAAGACAUACCUUCUAUCGAAUCUAUCAAAAAGAUGCCGUAUCUAGACGCUAUUGUCAAAGAAACUCUUCGAUUGAACUCUCCCAUCACAAAAACACUACCAAGAAUUGCAGCAAGAGACGUUGCUGUUGAUGGAUUCCUCAUUCCUCAAGGGACACUUGUCGAUGUUGAAAUUGCUGCUACGCAUAUGAGCGAGGCUAAUUAUAGCGAUCCAUUUGAAUUCAAACCUGAGCGAUUUCUUGAAAGUGCUGAUGUUACUUCUACGAAACAAGGCCUAUCAUAUGUACCCUUUGGAUAUGGCUCUCAUGUGUGUAUUGGUCAAAAUUUCAGUCUUGCCGAACAACGUGUGUUUUUGGCCAUGCUGUUGCGCAAGUUUGAAUGGACGUUGGCUCUUGAUUCUGUGCAUAGAGAUGGUAUGAUUGCUGAAGGAAACGGUGGCGUAAGACCUAUCAAUCUGAGAAUCGACUUUAAACCUCGCUUUUAG